GGACAGAGGGCGACUUAAAUGCUUAAACAGCAGAGUCACACGCUCCGAAAACCCAAGAUCAGGGAUGAAGCUGAGCGUAAAUGCCGUCUUGUGUUUGUCACUUUUUUUCCUUUACUUUGAUGAUUCCUUGGCAACGAGAAAAGGAGGACUUGGAAAAAUAACAAAUUUGUUUAAAAAACCUUCCAAGAACAAACCUAAUCUCAACAGUAAGACUAAAGAAAAACAGUCGACACAGUUCAACCAAGGAGGUUAUCCCCAGCAACCAGGUCGCCCAGGAGGGUAUCCGCAGCAACCAGGUUACCCGCAGCAACCAGGCUACCCACAGCAACCGGGCUACCCACAUCAACCAGGAGGAGGUUAUCCCCAGUACCCAGGCAGGCCAGGAGGUUAUCCGCAGCAACCAGGUUACCCGCAGCAACCAGGAGGAGGUUAUCCCCAGUACCCGGGCAGACCAGGAGGUUAUCCGGAGCAACCAGGUUACCCACAGCAACCAGGUUACCCACAGCAACCAGGAGGAGGUUAUCCCCAGUACCCGGGCAGACCAGGAGGUUAUCCGCAGCAACCAGGUUACCCACAGCAACCAGGUUACCCACAGCAACCAGGAGGAGGUUAUCCCCAGUAUCCGGGCAGACCAGGAGGCUACCCCAACCAACCAGGCUACCCUCAGUACCCCGGGCACCCAGCAGGAGGCCAUUUACCCGGUUAUCCAGCUCCAGGUUACCCUUACGGAGGUCAUUACAUCCACUCCAACCCAAACAAUAGAAUCCUGAGUCCUCACUAUGGUGGAAGCUUUGGAUACGGCGCCCACCAAGGUGGAGUUGGGUCUCCUUUUUCUAACUCGCUCCAGUCAAUGGGAAUCGGUCCAUCUGACAAAUCCAGAGGAUUUGGACGCAGCGCAGUGAUGGCGGCAGCUGGUGGCGCUGUGGCCGGAAUGGCCCUUGGUUAUGGGUUGGGGCAGUUCCCUCGUCCUCAUUUCCAUUUCCACAGCCCCCAGGAGGAAUACUUUUACAACCACUACAUGUACAGGAAAUAUGGCACGAAGUCUGCAGAGGUUAAAGACUACAGCAAAAGUUACAGCGACGGUCCACCGCCUCCCGACUCGUUCGACAAGUUCAUGAGCUCCUGCAUGAAGAGAACAGACCUUCUGCGUCAGGAACAUCCAAAGUCUGACCACAAAGUAGCAGAAACUACGACUAAAACAACCACAGUGGCUGUAAACGCGCCUACCUCCACCCCCGCACUAAAAACUAGCAACAACAGCAACCCAGCAGCUAACAGCAUUGAUGCUGCAAAGCCGUCACCUGCUUCACCUUCAACCCCCCCCACUGCAAACAGGUCAGAGGUCAGUCCUGCCCCGAAAGCUGCACAGGUCAUUCAGAGCGAUGAUGAGGAUGAAGAUACAGUCAGCAUUGUGGAGAUUGGCUACCCAGCACUGAUCAAACAGAUGAAGGUCAAGAGGUGCACAGAACUUUACAUGGUCUACACCGAAAACUUCCAGAAGAAAACCCAGAACCCUGCAGCUGGAAACGGGGCGAAGCCGCUGCAGACGGGCUCAUCUGGACUUCUGAUUCUGCUCACCAGUGUGGUGCUGUCAUUGCUGCACAGCAGCUGUCCAGCACUGCUGCAGUAGAGUUGGUUUGGUGCACAGACGGACGUUUGUGGAGAAAAAUAAUAAGCUAAAUGAAGUCUGUUUUUCCUCUCGAAUGAUUACUUUCACCAGCUUCUACAAGCUCUUGUUCUGACUUCGAAUAAACACAAGUUUGAAUGAUAUAAAAUGAGUUCUAGGAAUAUCAAGUCGUGAAACCAAAUUAUAAAAGUGAAAUAUAAAAAGUUAGAAAAAAAAUUGAAAUCUUUUUUCUCCAACAAACUUUGCAAUGAACAGCACUUAUAAACUUUAACUGAAUAAUUCACUGGUCAGUCACUGGUUUUUAAUAAAUGGACAUAUGAAUUAGAAUAUUAAAUAUUUAAAUUUGGCAGUAAAUGAUUGUAUAAACUAGAAUAAACGUGUCAGGAAUGUUCAAUGAGUAAAGGAUAAAACCUCCACGAAGACUGUAAAUAAAUGCAACUUCCUGCCUUAGAAAAACAACACAGUUCUUUAUAAGAUCACAAGUUCAUUACAUGUAAAAUUUUGUUUAAUAAUAAAUGAAAAAUGACCUAGAGAGGAAGAUUCAUUUUGUGCUAUGUUGUUUUUUAAACAAAGAGCUUCUUUGGAACUACAUUUUUUGUAAAAUGUCCCAUGACGCUCUAUAAAUAACUAUAACUAAACAAGAGUUGACAAAAAGGAAAAACUUAAAUGUAUGUCCCAGGAGAAAUGUAAAAGCUUAAGCUUUAAAACUUCCAGAUAUGAGAGAAACUUCCAUUCUUCAGAGAGAUAAAGCUUUCAAGUUCUGGUGUUAUGACAAUCAUUUGUGUGAAAAUCUAACUCAACAUCCAUAUUUUUUUACCCUUCGGAUGAUUUUACAAAAAAGGACAAAAAUAACUUAUAGUUGUUUUAUUAGUUUGCAUUUCUUGCAGUUAGAAAAUUACAAAAUCAAAAAAAGAAAAAAAUCGCAAGAUUUUUGUAAAGAAAGUACAUUUAAAAGUCUGAUGUGAUAAAUAAAAACACCAAUAAAUAAAAGUUUAAAUUAUCUUUAUAUGCACGAGAACCAUUAAAAUAUGUAAAUACUAAGACAUUAUCUAUCUAUCUAUGAAAGGAAAUUAAUUAAGCAUAAAUGUGUUGGUAACUGUGCGGAGAUAUUCGUAACAAGGUUCAUUAUUUUGUUCUGUCGUUACUUUAUUUUGAAAAACUUUUAGCUCUUUUUUUACUUUUUACUUUCACCAACUUUCUUUUUUUUCACUGCAAUUUUUCACAAUUCCUUGGUGCAUUUCUCACAACAGUAUUACAGUAAUAUGCAGUUUGGCUGCAGUGUCAAAAGGGAACCUUUUCCACCAUUUUCCUGCACCCUUUGACCAGCCUGAGCCAUUGUGAGCCCGUCAUUUACCACACGACCCACCAGUGUUGCCCUGAUUUCAUCAGCUAUCUCUGCAUGUCUUUGACUGCUGCUUCAAUCCUCACUCGUCUUCCAUGAGGCUGAUAGCAGUUUUGUAGAUGCCAAUCCUGUCUCCUGGUUUAUACAUAAAGUGGAACUUAAUGUAAUUCGACUAAAAGAGAGGCUCAUCAUUGGUUUCAACUAAUAGUUCAAACAGCUCUUUUCAUUAGUGUAUAAUGAGGUUCACCUGAGAAAACAUAUUUAUUUUCAUGGAAAUGUUUCUAAAAUAGAUGUACAAACUGACAACAAUUUUGUGUGCAAUGACAGAAAAUGACAAUAAAGAUUAUUAGUUGUAUAAUCAUAUUCAACCUUUACAAAUAUAGUUAAAUUUUGAUAGACGUGAUAAAAGCAAGGAAAUAUUGAUUAAAACGCAGGUAAAAGUGAUAAUUUUGUAGCAAAAAAAAGCAUAUGCCAUUUGAUGAAAUGAGCAUGAAACGGCCACUAGGUUGCGCCCAAAUGACUAAAUGUUGUAGAGAUUGCACUAACUGUUGUAAAAAGUUAACUUCUGUUGUGAGAAAUCACCAAGUUGACUGAGAAAAAACUGUAAAUACAAUCCCCUCUGUGAGAAAUAAGAAUACAAAACAAAACAAUGGUUGGAAAACAGCUGACGAAUACAAGUAGUAAGUAGCUUUUGUAAUUUUCUUGACAGCAAACACACAAACAAGCUUCCUAUUGGUGCUGGCUUUAUAUCCUGUUUGUUACGAGAACUGAAUGGAAAAAAAUGUUGUGUACAAAAUAAAAAUGUACCAAAUCUG